UGCUAUCAAAAUACGACGAGAAACAGAAAAACGAAUGCCAAGUCAGCGAAUCCCACGAAAAGAAGAGACAGGUUCCGUUGGAGACAGGCGAUUCGGAGUGCAAUCUGAGCAAGGAGAAAGACCGAGCUUUGAAAAAGCUAGCCAGGGCCAGAGGUAAUUACGAGGGUGAUGUAAAGCGGAGUCGAUGGGUAUCCGUAAAGGCGUUCGACACCAUCUACAACGGGCUCGCGAUUUUGAAAAACGUGAACGUGGAAUUGAGAGGAGGUCAGCACCGCCCCAAAACGGACCGCGAGGCUCAGCAGAUCGUCCGCGCAGCCCGAGAUCUCUGGAAUAACUUCGAAUGUUUCGAAGACUGAUCUGGUCCUUCGCGGAACCGCACACGUGGACUGUAUUUGCAAUGAGGAGCUAUUAUUUGGACGUAUUUAUGCUAAAUCUAACCAUGUACAAGAAGGAAAGAAUCCUGAUUUGAAAUUUCUAGAUUACACUCUUUUAUUCAUGCA